UUUUUUUCUCUCUUCCCUCUCUUUUACUCUCUCUCUCUCUCUCUCUCAUUUUCCUAUCCCUCCACCCCCUUCCGCGCCUCCUUUCUAGUGGCCAACACCCAGCACCAGCACGAAGCACCAACGAAGCUCUUCCACCUCCACUUCUAGGUACCUUAGGUACGGAUACUUUAGUUUCCCAUUCCCGCUGGUACUGAGGUACUUCCGUAGCUUUCUCGCUCCGUCUCCUCUCUCGGCGCUAGGUUCCUGACUAACUCGCCCCAAGCUUCCGCGCGCUGGGCUUUGAUUCAAUCCCAAAUUCGAAGCACACACCUCCUCCUUCCAUCCCAACUCAUCCCAUCCCAUCCUUCCAUCCCUCCUCCUCGUGCACCCCCAUCACUCCCUCCUCACUCCUCUCGCUUCCUGCCAAAGCGUCCGAACUACGAACUACUUUUCCCGACCGAGAAUCUGAUCUUAACCUCGCACCUCCCGCACCUACCUCACCUGAUCUCGUCUCACCUUUCCGACCUUCAUCACCUUCACUCCACCUCCCGACCUCUUACUCUGUGCCUCUCUCUCUCACUCACACGCACUCUCUCUCACUCACUAAGGCGCGCACACACACGCGAACACAACCACACCACACCCACUCGCUCUCUCUAACCGUAAUACCCAAUUCUUUUUUUACUUUCUUUUUUCCUUCUGAACCAGAACCCACACCCACGCUCGUUUCUAUCACCAUUCCCGAGACAGCUCACUUCGCCAAACAACUCUACAUCCUCGCGACUUAUCUCGUGAUCCCCCCUGCAUCUUUUACCCAGGCUUGUUCUGCAUCUCGUCCGAUUUGCUCCUUCACAUUUAUUCUACCGCACCACACGUUUCCACCACCACCUCAACGAUUAGCAACAACAGAAACCACACGAAAAUCCGCAUUGUGCUUCAACUCGCUCGCGCGCAUUACGCUGGGACAACGCUGCCGCCGCACGACGAAACACUGACUACGACCCGAAGACGCCGACGCAGGUUUCAAUUCUGCCUGACAGCUCCGUGGAAAGAGAGAGAGGAAGAUUGCUCAGAUGGACCACCCCAUGCAGGAUGCCCCGGCCGACGUGCUGGCUGAUGCCAGACGAACGCUCGAGGCUUUGAAGAGCUCGGGACUAUCGCGCGAAGUCUUGUUGCAAAUGUGGGAGGCCGGCGAAGACAGGACGCACCAACUGCAACACCAGCUUCAACAGCAGCAGCAGCAGCAGCAGCAGCAGCAGCAGCAACAGACACCACAAGACGCCCCCUUGGAGGAUGCGUCCACACGAGCAAUCUGCCACGGUCAAAUAGGUCACCGACCGCGUAUCUCCGUUUCGUCGACCAGCUCGGGUUCUUCCGGCCAUGCCAGUAUCUGGUCUAUGGGUUCCGCCAACUCCAAUGCUACCGUCGCGACACACUACUCCCAAGCUUCCCAUGCCCCUUCCACCACCCAAUGUGCACCCCAGUCCUCAGUCGGUGCUCCAGGCAGCCUUCCCCAGGUAGCAAGCGCCCAAACAGGUUGGGGUCCCGGCCGUUUCAACUUCUAUUGGUGCACUUCCUGCGAGACACGGUUUAAGCGCAAGUAUGACUGGAAGCGUCAUGAAGAGGAGUUCCAUGAGCGCUGGAAGAAGUACCCUUGCCCUGAGCCUGGCUGUAACAGGAGUUUCUGGGGGGCGAACACCUUUAAUCAACACCACAAGGUCUCGCACGGCUGCAAAACGUGCCCCCAUUCUGAAAAGGUUGUCAAGUAUCUCAAGAGGAGAAAGUACUGGGCUUGCGGCUUUUGCUCGGCUCUUCAUCCUUCGAGGGAGCGCCAUGUCGAGCACGUCGCCAGGCAUUUCGAGUCGGGAAAAACAAAGUCGGACUGGAUGCACUCAAGAGUGAUCUACGGUCUUUUGCACCAGCCCUUGAUCCAUGAGGCCUGGAAGGACGUCCUCAUGUCCAAGGCGAAUGAGUUCAGUGGCCGUCAACCCAACUUCAGCUGGAAUCCCACACAGACCGGUCGUGCGCAGGGCUUCAUGGAGAAUGAGAGCCCAGGCCAACUCCAGGACCUUCUCGAGUUCUUUUCUGGUUCCAGCGCCGAAGCCGAGUCCAUUGUCACCAUCGCCUACAAGCUUGCCGACCUCGUUUUCCUUCCCGUUCCGGCAUCACCGCCGAUGCAAUAUUCACAAUGCUUCGCCCCUCCCCCUUCUUCUCUCCCACAACAAUACCCGCCCCAGCCACUACUUCCUCCUCCUUCGAUUCCCUCUCAGACUCUGCCGACCCAGUCGCCUCAGCCCCCAGUACUAGCCUCGCAGGACUCGUCCUCUCCAUUCAUGGACCAAAUGAGGGCUCAGUCGAUGAUGCAACAGCCGAUGUUCCACACGCCGCAACCGCGCGCCAAUACCGAGCCUCUACGACGAGCAUCUCUCGACAGAGAGCUUCCACCACCGCCGCAAGAAAACCAGCCAAUGAAUUUUCAGUUCAUGCCCGAAAACAUGGUCUCAUUUGAGGACUGGGAGAGCUUCUCCAGCACCGUGGUUGACGAGAACGCACCGCAACCUACACCAAUGUCGACAGAAUGGCCAAUGGUUCCUGUACAAUAUUACAACGCCCCUGUAGGGCCAUGAUCGCAUCAUCUUUUUGCAAACUCUGAAAAAAGUCGACAUUUCCUUUGUCACGUGUCACAUGUAUUGCUGCUAGCAUUUCCCGCCGGCCAAUCAAUAUAGUAUAUAAUGGUAAUCACCUUGUGGGGGACCAAACUCGAUGGAUUCGAAUCAUCAUUUCUUUAGGCCAUGGGUGGCUAACAAAAAACGGAACGGAUACGGCACAGGAUAGGAACACGAAUUGGCAAAGGGAAGGCCAAAAUAAGAGGAGGAGGCGUCACUUACGAAAGAGGUGUUCCAUUACGAUGGUCGAAUGUCAAAUGUGAUGGAUAGAAUCGAAUCAAAUCAACAAACUUAUUGCAUUGUGCCC